CAUCAUAUUACUAUCUUGUUUGCAGUAAGAAUGUGAGUCCAAACUUGGUUUUCAGCACAGAUUUCAAGGCGUUUCUACCCAAGGGUGUGUGUGAAAGAGAGUGUUAGCUAGGUCUCCCUUAACUGACAACCUUUGUGUCUGUCUGGGUUGGGCUUUUUUCAGCAGUUAAUGCAAGGAAACCAGCAGAGCAUUCAAGCAGAGAGAAGAAAAUGUCAUCUCAUGGCAAGGUUCCCCUGCUUUGGUUUCUGGUCUGGGCAGCAUGGUUGAUCACAUCUCAAGCUGAAGGACAAGAAGCCGAGAGGCCAGAAGUAGUUACCAAAUAUGGGAGACUCCGAGGAAAAGAGGUUGCUGUCAAGGGAAUUGACAAACGUACGCAGGUAUUUCUGGGGAUACCUUUUGCAAAACCGCCUGUGGGUUCUCUGAGAUUUUCCCCGCCCCAGCCAGUGGAACCAUGGCACGGUGUGCGAGAUGCGACGUCUCUUCCACCAAUAUGCUUGCAAGACCAGUUGUGGCUGGAAAAAUUUAACGAUUUUUUUAAAAUAAAACAUUGUAACUUGACAACUUCUGAAGACUGCCUGUAUCUGAAUAUUUACAGCCCUGCCCCUUCCAAUAACAAGGCCAAGUUACCGGUUAUGAUGUGGAUUCAUGGAGGAUCUUUAUUGAUUGGUGGAGCUUGGAUGUAUGAUGGGUCAGCAUUAUCUGCCUAUGAGGAUGUGGUGGUAGUAACCAUUCAGUAUAGGCUAGGUAUUACUGGAUUCUUAAGGGUUCUAUCUCGAUUGGCAAAAGGCCUGUUCCACAAAGCCAUCUCAGAGAGUGGAGUUGCACUCUUUCCUACCAUGUUUAGUUCGCAUCCUGAAGCGAUUGCUAAGAUGGUCGCUAACAUAUCUGGCUGUGAGACCAUGAGUUCAGCUGCAAUGGUUCACUGCCUAAGGAAGAAGCCUGAGGAAGAAAUUAUUUUAAGAUAUCAGCUACAAAAGGCAAUCCCAUUUAUCCCUGCUGUUGUAGAUGGCAUUUUUAUUCAGAAGAACCCUGAAGACCUAAUGGCUGCAAAAGAGUUUAGUGCUGUUCCAUAUAUAAUAGGAAUAACUAACCAUGAAUACGGCUGGCUCAUUCCUAACUCAGUAGGCUUGCCUGGCCUGAAGGAAGGGAUGGAGAGAGAAACCAUAACUUCAGUAUUGGAGAAUAUGUUACCGUUUUUGUCCGUGCCACCUGAAGGUGUACCUUUGAUAGUGCACGAGUACCUGGGAGACGCCAAUGACACGACUGUUCUACGGGACCGAUUUCUGGACUUGAUGGGGGAUGCCGCAUUCUUAGUUCCAGCUAUUAAAUCCUCCAGGUAUCACAAAGAUUCUGGCUCUCCUGUCUAUUUUUAUGAAUUCCAACAUCCUCUAAGUUCAGUUGCAGACCUCAGACCAGACUUUGUAAAAGCAGAUCAUGGAGAUGAAAUUAAUUUUGUCUUUGGAAACAUGUUUAUUGCUGAUGAGUCUGUUUUCGGAGUCACUACAGAGGAGGAGAAACAUCUCAGCAGAACAGUAAUGAAAUACUGGGCUAAUUUUGCACGGCAUGGGAAUCCUAAUGGUGAAGGUCUGGUGGAAUGGCCAGUGUACAACCUGGACGAAGAGUACCUGGAACUGAACUUGAAGCAGAAGACAGCAAAGAAGCUGAAAGAGAACACAGUGCAGUUCUGGACCAGAGUCUUGCCUGAAAAAAUCAAGGAAAAACUUAAAGACACGAAACAGCACUCGGAGCUGUAACUCAUGAAUGAGGUUACAUGUUUGCUGAGGCUGUACUGUUUCUUCUCAGUCAUUUCACCUCUGCACACUGGCGAUCACACCAAGAUGGUCAAAGCUGAAUGGAGCAGCAGUCUUCCUGGAGGCUUCAAGGGCCUGUACAUUCUGUUCCACUGACUAAGAUAGAAAUGGUUGGUACCCUCAAGGUAUCCAUCCUCCUAUGCAGUCCAGACCAGGAUAGGAGGAAUCAAGAAUAACAUUUUAUUCUGAGUUAUACUGAAAUGAUGUCUAAUUUAACAGCACAUAAAUUAAAAUCUCUCCCUGCACAAAGCGUGUCUAUCUGCUGCAUGUCAACACUGCUGUCCUGGCAUCUUGAUUCGUCACAGCUUGAGGCCAGUCAUUCUGUUUACCAGUACAUCCAGCCACUCAGAAAUGGAACAGAAUGAUGCAGAUCCAAUACCUCUGUUUUCUUAACAUGUGACAUCAUUACUUUUGCUAUUGUGAAAGGUAGCUUGAGUUACAAACUUUUAUAGAGAGCUCUAUAAGCAACUGUUUGUACCUGGCAGCCCCAUUAACACCGCUUCUCAAAAA